AUGUCCUCCCCCACCAAGCCCCGAAAAUGGGCCACAGUCCGCAAGAAGUUCAACCUCAUCGUCCCCCACCGCAGCACCUCACCCACCCGCGCCUCCUCCCCCGCCAGCACCCUCUCCGCCGAGUCCCAAGCCGCCAGCUUCUGCCGUCCCUACACCGCCAAUCCCUCCUCCACAAUCUCAACAACAACAAUUGACGCCCCCCCGCGCUCCCCAAGGCCCGUCAGCAGCCCAAUGGCCUUCCCCGUCACGCUCCCCCCAGAGCCCACACCCUCCCCUUCACCCGCGCCCCGUGCACCACCCCCCACCCGCGCCCACGCUCCCGCUCCACCACCACCCGCUCCCGCCGCUGCUCCUGCCCCUGCCCCGCAGCAGAGAGACAAGACCGCCGCCAAGCUCGCCCUCCUAAACGGCGAAGCCCCCGACAUCGACCCCGCCGACGAAGCGCAGCUCGCGCCCACGACGGCCGCAGAGGCCGAGUGGGACCGCCUCACCAAGGCCAACAGCGAGCUCAACAACAACCUCGACCUCUACGGGUCCGCCGCCGAGAAAUCCAAGGGCAUGCGCAAGCGCGCCAAGAGCCGUGUGCGCCGCAAGAAGGGCGUCAAGUUUGCAGACGUCGAGGACGUGAUUGGACUCGGCGGGUUCGAGGUGUGGACGACCGAUGAGGAGAGCGGCGGGGAGGAGGAGAGGGAGAAGGAGAAGGAGAAGGCGGAGGUGAGGAGGGAGAGGGAGAGGAGGGAGAUGGAGAUGGAGAGGUUGAGGGAGAGGGAGAAGGAGGUGGGCGGAGGGGGAGGGAUGGAGAAGGUGCAGAGGGUGAGGGUGGAGGUUACGGCGCCUCGUCCGCCGCCGCCACCGCCGCCACAGAGGCCGCAGAGUCUGCCGCCGAGUGCGAGGGGUUUGCAGCAGGCGCCACCACCGCCGAGUGCGAGGGGGUUGCAGCAGGCGCCACCACCGCCGCCACCGCCGCCGGCGCUGGGGAGGCCGGUGCCGAAGAGGCCGCCGCCGCCGAUGGUGGGUAUUACUGAGAAGAAGGAGAUGAGCAGGAAGAUGCUCCCGCCGAGUGUUAGGCUUGUGCAGGAUGAUGGGAGCUUUUAG